CGCUUUCCUCCUCCCUUCCGAUCUCCUGUCUGCUUUCUUUCUAUGGCCGCCAUCAGCAGUCCACUCUGCUCUCUCCUCACCUUAUUUAAUUCAUCGAUCUUGCUCCCUUCCUGCAUCAUCUAUAUAUCUCCGCACCGCACAGAAAUUAUACUAUAAGUAUUAUCACCACAAUAUAUAAAAUGUUCAUCUAUCAGUAUUAAUUCUAUAAAUGGAGCUCCCUCUCCUCUCCUCUCCUCUCCUAUAAAUGGACACUCACUAAGCUAGCUGAUCUGAGUAGCAGUAGUAGUCGCGGAAUUGGAAUGGAAGAUCAUAUCAAUCGAUCCAGUGAUAUGAAUACGAAUACGAUGGAGGCCAUUCCUCUGCUGACCCCCUACAAGAUGGGCCAGUUCAACCUCUCUCACAGGGUGGUGCUGGCGCCGUUGACGAGGCAGCGGUCGUACGGCAACGUGCCGCAGCCGCACGCCGUCGUCUACUACUCGCAGCGCGCCACCAAUGGCGGCUUCAUGAUCACCGAGGCCACGGGAGUCUCCGACACGGCGCAGGGCUACACCGACACCCCCGGCGUCUGGACUCCCGGCCAGGUGCACGCCUGGAAGCCCAUCGUCGACGCCGUCCACGCCAAGGGCGCCGUCUUCUUCUGCCAGCUCUGGCACGUCGGCCGCGUCUCCACCAACGCGUUCCAGCCCAAGGGGCAGGCGCCCAUCUCCAGCACCGACCGGGCGGUGCCUCCCCAGGUGAGCAAAGACGGCCACGUCGAGGAGUUCUCCCCGCCCCGGAGGCUCUCCAAGGAGGAGAUCCCCGGGAUCGUCGACGACUUCCGGAAGGCCGCGCGCAACGCCGUGGAGGCCGGCUUCGACGGCGUGGAGGUCCACGGCGCCAACGGCUACAUCAUCGAGCAGUUCCUCAAGGACAGCGCCAACGACCGCACCGACGAGUACGGCGGCAGCCUGGAGAACCGCUGCCGCUUCGCGCUCGAGGUCGUCGGAGCCGUCGUCGACGAAAUCGGCGCGCACCGCGUGGGCGUGCGCCUGUCGCCGUUCACGGACUACAUGGACUGCCACGACUCCGACCCGGAGGCCCUGGCGACGUACCUGGUGCGCAAGCUCAGCGACCUCAACGUGCUCUACUGCCACAUGAUCGAGCCCCGGAUGGCGCUGGUGGAGGGGCGGCGGCAGAUCCCGCACCGGCUGCUGCCGUUCAGGAAGGCGUUCAAGGGGACGUUCAUCGCCGCCGGUGGGUACGACAGGGCGGAGGGCAACAAGGUGGUGGCGGAGGAGUACACCGACCUCGUUUCCUUUGGGCGGCUGUUCCUGGCGAACCCGGACCUGCCAAAGCGUUUCCAGCGGCCGGACGCGGCGCUCAACAAGUACGAGCGCGCCACCUUCUACACCUCCGACCCCGUCGUCGGAUACACCGACUACCCGUUCCUGGACGACGGCGAGGACUAAAUUUUCUUUCAGUUUUUUUUUUUUUUUGAGGCUGCCCUGGCCUGGCCCAGUCACAAAAUGGGAAAGCUUUUCCCUCUAAAAUAAUAUACUCCUUAUUGAGUAGGAAUGAAAAGGGGUCAGAUUAUACAUAUACGAUGUGUAAAACAAUCCUAUUAAAAAACAUAUUUCUUACUUC